GUCAAAGACAGGUUAUAUUUUAGAUUUUGGUUGGUCUGUUCGUAUUAUUAUUACCUUUGAAAUAAAGCGUCUUAAAAUAUUGGGCAAUAUCCUACAAAUUAUAAAACAGCACAACAGCAAGUAUGCAUACAUAAUACAUAUCCAUAAAACUUGAUAUAAGUUCUAAUAAUAUCUGUUAAGUCCUAUCUAUUUUAUAUUUUUGAAACAAACAUUAGUAGCAAGAAUACAUCUCUUCCUAAGAAUAAGCAGUAAAUAUGUCGAAGAAAGGAACAUCUGACGGUGGUAGAACCCUGAUAGUUUUAGAAGUGGACCCAAUGGAAUGUCCGUUCAGAGAAUUCCGGGACAACGAACUUCAUCCCGAAUUUUGGGGAAUGGGUCCAGCGGCGUUUCGCACUGCCUUCAUCAACAGCAAGGCAGGCUUCAAGCCCCAGGCUGAGCACAUCUGGCUGGAUGACCAGACUCAGCCUCUUCCGAGGUCAGUCCGGCAGUACUUGAACGGCUGGGUGAGGGCAGAAGAGCUGGCCAUGAGCAGGUGGGAUGCAGAAACUGCUGUUUUUGAGGAGAAUGAUGGAGGCAAGAUGUCUGUAAUUGAUAUCCAGCUGAGUCACGCGCAGGUCAUCCUUCGUUCGUCGUUUUGCAGAAAAGUUUUAUCUGCAUGUUUUCUUUUGGAGAGAGCUGACACGUUUGUGGUAGAGCACCAAUGGGAGAACUUCUCCUUCAGCAUGGCUCCUGAAGGUUGGAGGCCCAGGUACCACAUUUACUCGCCUGGCGUGAAACCGGGAGGGGGGCAGCAGCAUCGACCUGGACUCUCGAAAAACGGUUGCUACCUAGUUCGCCUCUACCACCUAGGCGCUUGGAGAUGUGUGUGGGUAAACGACCAGGUUCCAGUAGAUGCCAAUGACUCCCCACUCUUGCCGUUCUCUCCGCUCAUGACCAACACACCAGCGACUACCGUGGCAGUCGUACCCUCGAAGUCCAGCGCUAAGACUACCGUAGUCACAGCUAUUACCUCGCCUGUGGUUCAUCUGUGGCCCUUGUUGAUCUGCAAGGCACUGCUCAAGUUGGCUGCGCCUGACAUGAAUUCUGAUGAGCAGCAGGGCUCUGUGGAGGACGAACUUAUGCCAGAGUUCAAUAUAAUGCACAGCCUAACGGGAUCAGUGAGCUUGACCUACCAAAUUUAUGAUUAUGAAGCUUUAUGGAAGCUGAUCACAUCAGAGGUGCCAGUGUUCACGUGGGAAGAUGACGAUGAUACACUGACCAGCACCGUCAAAUCCAAAAGCACGAAGAAAUCGACCGCCAAGGAGACCACUGUGGCGAGAAGUUCUUUGGCUACAAUUCUGAUAAGGGACACUAAAGACUUGCCCCCUUAUGCUCUACCCGGGAUCACUCCUGCGCAUGAAAUGACUCUUGCCGUCAACAUGGCUAGAGACUUACCAUUGAAGAAGCCACUUCCAGAACCAGAUGUAGCAAUGUGGAAGCAUUAUCGAUGGAUAGACUGGGCAAGGCAGCAUGGUCUAUACGAAGCCUAUGAUUGCCCGAACACCAGAUUUUUGAAAGUGAACGGACUAUUGAAACUGUCACACGCACCGCAUUUGCUGGACGUUCAGAGCACAGAGUCAAUAAUUGCUGGCUAUCGCGAGGAACAUGAAAAAACAGCUACGUUUAAGAAGGGAACGCCGAAGGAUGCCGCACGAUCGACUGUUGGCAACGCCAGCGCCGUGUCGCCAGCCAAAGAAGAGCUACGUGAAUGGGUGCAAUAUGAUGCAUUAUAUUCAAUGGUGAAGAAUUACAGCGUCCUAUACUACCCAUCGAUGUACCAAUUUACGUCUGCAGGGAGUAACCCACCGAUUCGGAUUACUAAAGGGCUUUCUAACAAACCAGUGGAUAUUGUUGCACCAAAAUGUGCACCAUUUUAUUUACAAAUAGACGGACCCGAAGAAAAUACUCUUAGAAUAUCCUUGAAUGUUCUUCAUCCAAGAAUCAUUUCAAAUAGUGGAGUGCCAUUUGUUGAUUACAUAGAACCAGCUUACUUGAUUUUAGAGAAAUUCGAAUGGUUUGUUGACAGUCAUUUGCCAAUGGCUAAGGGCUAUGUCCAAACCAGAGGAUAUGAUUCAAUUGAAGUUACUUUUGAGCCUGGAAGACAUAUUUGCAGGCUCUGGGUACAUUCGAGGAUGAACUGGCAUAUAAUGCUUCUAAGUGAAUCCAUAUUACUUUUGGGCACUAAAGACAUUGUCCAAGCUGCGGCCGUCAAGGAAUGCCCGUGGGCUGCCAAAUUCCUUUCCCAUUUGGGUGUUUCCUUUACUAGCUGGAGUAGGAUGAACAGAUCCAAUCUCAAUGUAUUAGCGGCUGAUAGGGAAUUUUAUCGCUCAUACCAACCUGAUUUGACAUGGGACCAAAACAAAACAGGCUACAACAAGUCGUUUUUACAUUGGAUGUUCCGGCAGGCUUUGAAAUCUUUACUCUCCAAACGCCUCAUGCCGAAUGACUAUCGUAAUGUAUGUGGUGUGCUGCGAAGAUAUUUCUCUGACCCUGAUUUCGGAUUUCCAAAUAAGCCAAAACCUCAAAAAUCUCUGAGAGAAAUAGCAAAUAUGGAUCCUUGCGACUGUGUUAUGCCUGAAGCAGAAGAAAUGGAAGCAGAUGAAGAAGUGAUCGAAGAACAGGUAUAUGAAGAAAAACCUCUAGUAGAUGAAGACAUGAUGGCACUACUUUUGAGAGAUCCCAAAGAUCCGAUCACAUCUCAAGUGUGUGAACUGGCGACCGAAGAGCUACCCUGCGGCAUAUUGAAAGAGGAAAGGGACAAGGUGGUAAGGAAGCAUGAAGCUGCGACACUAUUACAAGCUCACUGGAGGGGAACGUGGGCUCGAAAAUGUCUGAGAUCUCACGUGACAUUUACGCCGGAAAUCACCAAAAUCAUAAUGGAGAACGCAUUCGGGAAUCUGGACGCAUUGUCAGCGUUGAUGAACGAAUUCUUUGCGAUGUACCCAACAACGAAAUCUGCAUACUCCAUUGCCUCAGCACUAACAGGAAUGUACGGCUUGCGUCAAUUCAGUGGCAGCUCACCGAUAACGGCGAGCUAUAAAUGGAUUCCCUUCUUCCAAGGAGUAUUUUACUGCCACGAACAAGUCAAAGUGCAUUUUGAUCUCCAAAGCUCCACACAACAUUGUACAGUAGCUGUUUAUGAUAAUGAUACUGGUCUGCAAAAGCCACAAGUUUUCAAUGCGCAUAUUACUUUCGACUUCAGUCCAAAUAACUUCGGUUAUACUGUCAUUGGACACGGAAGCCUCAAUCAGCCAACUAGUGUGCACGCGGAAAGCCAUUGGCAGCUCACGGUUCUUUCCAGCAUCAGUGAAGCCUUCCACCUGUGCGACAACGACCCAGAAGGGUGUAAGGAGCAGCAUCUCCCACACUCUCACAAACUGCACAUCGAUGAGAUGUUCCUGCCUAACAGAAGGAAUAUCCUGGGAGGCAUACAGAUAUCUGUGGUGAAGAACGAGGUAGCCUGUUUUAGAGCUGCGGCUACGUCGCCUGAUCUGGAGAUGGAAGUGAAACUACAAACUAUGAUAAAAGGUCAGAAGCGGGAGAUUGCGACGUGCUGCGGAAAAGGGGAGGUGUUCUGGCCUUACAUAAAACUGGAACCCGCGGAAUCACCUGAACCAAAGGCAAAUAAAGACUGGCAUAGUCAUCGAACCAGUACGAAAAUACUAAAAAGUCCUCAAAAUAAAACUUUAUCUGGUAGUGGCAAGAGUAAAUCUACAACUAAGCUCAAAAUCUCCGUCCCAGAACCGAAGUUAUACUAUAUCGAGGUAACUGCUCCACAAGGUUGGCCUCUUACGUUAGCGCAGUGGAGAAGGGUAGACGAAAUCAGGAACUCCCUAGAUUUUAUCAAGAUAGAUAUUGGACAGCACAAGAAACCAGCAAAAGACAAACCAGCAUCAGCGAAAAGCAAAGAUAAAGAAAAGGAGCUUACAGUUUCUGCUCAGCAACCACAGCCCGAGGACGCGUACGUUGUUCUAGAAUGUGCACUGGCUAUAGGAGGAGGAGCAUAUGCUAAGCGGGAUGAAGAUAGGGACCUGGAACUUGCCGCUGCCAUCAAAUCUUGGGAUGCUAAGGAACCUGGAAGAAAUCUAAGAGGAGCCCAGAUAAGAAAAGAAUUUCGAGCUGAGUUCUUGGAAGUUGCCCCAGUACCGCCGUCUGAAAGCGAAAGAACUUUAGUAGAGGAAACAUUAUUAGAAGAGUUUGGCGAAGAACUUAUAAAGGGUACUCCACAACUGCAACAAGGUCCGACGCCAGAAUCUGAAAGUGGAAUUAUGGAGAUGUCAGUGGAAAGUGAAGAGGAGGCGAAAUAUAUAAUGUUGCCCGAACAACUCAAGGACAAAUUCGUACCAUUGUAUUUUGUACCGUUGUGCAUGAAGGAAAAAGACGACGACUUGUGUGUGCUGUUGACCUCGGACAUAGCAGAGGCUGCAAUACAAGGCCGUCAAGCUCGUAUAGAAGCGGGCUUGAAUCGUAUGAAGGAGUUGCAAGCGUACAACGAGGACUAUGUUCUGGGCAAACAGAGGAGGCGGAGUUAUCUUCUGGAGAAACUUUUCGUUGAUAAUCAAUGGAAUGAAGAAUUGAUUCAAGCCUUAGAAGCAAGGGACGAAGCUAUCGCUACAGAAACACUAAAUCGUACUGUUUCUGCUACAAAAAGGAAACAAGAAACGAAAAAGAAGUAAUUUUAUGCAGAGCAUUUGAAAUGGUGGAACUAAUUUCAAAUAGGAUUCGUUUUAAGUUGUUUUAUUUUUAAGUUCAAUUGUUGAAAAGAAUAACUUCUUAGGUUCAAUAAAGUGUAGUUUCCUAAUAACAU